AUGCAGCAACCAGUAAUAAAUGGUGAUGAAGAUGAAAAUGAACAAGAAAUUUCCACUUCUCUGGCAUCACCGCCUCGAUCGGUUGGAAUGCGAGACAUAAGUAUUGCUCAAAAUCAAUUACAACAGGAUUUAGAUGAAUUGUUUUCGAAGUCGGCUAAAGAUAAGCGAAGUACAAAAAGUGAGUUGGAUGGAUUUAUGAAAUUAUUUGAACGAUUUUUACACGAUAAAGAAUCUCCAAUCGAUUGGAAACGUAUCCAAAAAUUACCGAAUGAUGCGAUUAUGGAAUAUGGUGCGCUAAAAACUCCGAAUCCAAAUAAAAUUCAUGGAAUGUUAGAUAAAUUAGUAGUAAUUAAAUUAAAUGGUGGUUUGGGUACGUCUAUGGGAUGUUAUGGACCAAAAUCAGUGAUUCCUGUACGAAAUAAUUUAACAUUUUUGGAUCUAACUGUACAACAAAUUGAACAUAUUAAUAAUACGUAUAAUGUGAAUGUACCUUUAGUUUUAAUGAAUUCGUUUAAUACGCAUGACGAUACGCGUCGUGUAAUACGUAAAUAUAAAGGUUUACGUUGUGAGAUUUAUACGUUUAACCAAUCGUGUUAUCCACGGUUAAAUCGUGAAACUUUGUUGCCAAUUGCAAAGACUUGUAAUGUUUUUGAGGACACAGAUGCUUGGUAUCCUCCUGGACAUGGAGAUUUUUAUAUUAGUUUCUAUCGAUCGGGGUUGUUGAAAAAAUUUUUGGAACAAGGUAAAACGUUCUGUUUUUUAUCGAAUAUUGAUAAUUUAGGAGCAAUUGUCGAUUUGAAUAUUUUAAAUUUACUAAAUCCAAUAUCCACAAAUGGUCCUGAAUUUGUUAUGGAAGUUACGGAUAAAACACGUGCAGAUGUUAAAGGGGGGACGCUAAUUCAAUAUGAGAACAAGUUACGUUUAUUGGAAAUAGCGCAAGUGCCGAAAGAACAUGUAGACGACUUUAAAUCGAUUAAACGAUUUAAGUUUUUUAAUACCAACAAUAUUUGGGCAAAAUUAUCAGCGAUAGAACGGAUAAUGCAAUCGGAUAAAACGAAUAAUGGAACAAUGGCAUUAAAUUUGGAAGUUAUUGUAAAUGCGAAAACCUUGCCAAAUGGAAUGGAUGUGAUACAACUCGAAACCGCUGUUGGAGCUGCAAUGAAAUCCUUCGAGAAUAGUAUAGGAAUUAAUGUGCCUCGAAGUAGGUUCUUACCAGUGAAAACGACCUCCGAUUUAUUGUUGGUUAUGAGUAAUUUAUACACAUUAAGUCGUAAUGGUACACUUAAUAUGUCCGCUCUACGAAAUUUCCCAACAAUGACUCCUAUUGUUAAAUUAGGUGAAAAUCAUUUUUCUAAAGUACGAGAUUUUUUAUCACGCUUUGAAUCUAUACCGGAUUUAGUUGAACUUGAUCAUUUAACUGUUUCGGGUGAUGUGACAUUUGGACGACGAAUCUCGUUAAAGGGAACAGUGAUUAUUAUUGCAAAUCACGGUGAUCGCAUUGAUAUACCAACCGGUGCUGUGUUGGAAAAUAAAAUUGUAUCGGGUAAUUUGAGAAUCUUUAGCCAUUAA